AAUGUAUCAAGAGACAAAAUCCGAGUCUGAAUACAAAAAAAUUGAUAUCGAAGAAACCAAAGAAGCUGGGCAGAAGAAAAUAGUAUCCCAUAAUUCUCCUGAGUCAAACCUGUGGAUCUACAUCGCCCUCCUAGCUUCAAUAUUCUUUGCAGUCAGUAGCUUCUUCAUUGGAGAUAUCUCCUCAAGCGGAGUACGUGCACGAGUUUUCCUAGGUAUCGGCAACGCAAUUGGCUCAAUUAUUUAUUUCAUUGUCGAUAGGAAAACCAAUGAAGCAGAUGGCCAAGGUGACUCUUUUGGUUAUUUUUAUGAUGAAAAUGGGAAAUUAAGAAGAUCUGUGGUACUUAUUGUGAUCACUGAUGUUAUCUUAUUGAUCCUUGGAGGCUUUGCAAUAGUAUUUGCCUUCGAAUACUGCCUUUAUGCAGACCUUAACCAAGGGAUUUUGACAACAAUGUUCUCAUUUGGAUCAGUGUUCACUUUAAUCUUGGCAUAUUUCAUAUUUAAUGAGAAGACUAAAGUCUACCAUCUAAUUGGAGUUGCUUUACUCAUAGCAUGUGCAGCAUUGAUUUCCUUAAGUGGACAAAGAACGAAAGACAAUUUUGUCAUAGUUGAAGGGGAAUUAGUUGAAAAAUCUUCAAAAAUUGUACCAAUCUCUAUUGGAAUCCUCUGAUCCGCAUACUUCACGUUGAGAACACUAUAUCUCAAGCAGUACAAUAAGAAAUACAAUGUGAGACCAGUUGAUUUCAUUUCUCUGACUACUUGAAUUGCAGGAGUGAUCCUUCUGGUUCCCGCAAUACUCAUCAUCCUAUUAGAAGGAGUCUCUUUAAAAUUCUGACUAUAUUCUGUAAUAGGAGGAGUACUCCAAAUUUUCGGAGGUUUCUGAGCCUAUUACGCUACAACUCAUGGACUUGCAGGACCAGCAGCUGCGAUCACUAUCAUCCAGGUCCCUAUCCAGACUCUCUUGGAUGUCUUCCUUCUCAAUCAGAUUCCUGUAGCUCUUGAAGUUGGUGGUGGUCUCUGUGGUGUCAUAGGAGCUUUAACAAUAGCACUUGGCCAGAGUAUCUAUAAUGUACUGAAGAAUGAUAAAGAUCAAUAAUUUUUAAAAAUUCAAUGA